AUGGAAUACCGUGUCGACGCAGAAAGUUUGAUUUCGAUUUCUCUGAUGAAAAUUGAGAGCGCCCGCGCGCAACGAGGCGGCAUCAAGUUGUACAAAAAUCUCUUGGUGUCUUAUGUGCUGCGAAAUGCAAGACAGUUGUGCACCGUGGACAACCAAGGGGAGACACACUGGAAUCAACUGGAUGAAAGUAGAAUUGACCCUAACGUUACCGGAGACUUUACCUCUCCUUCCACAGAGUGGAACAUGGGUUGGACGGACAGGGAACGACAGACGGAUUUGGUGAGCAUGUGUGCUCGGCAGUUCUUGCCGUGGUCUGUCUGCUCGUUUACCGAGCCUCAUAACCAAGAGGACGAUACAGAGGAUGGUAUUUUUCUAAGCAUCAGUGAACAAUCUUAUUCAUCUCUGUCUGACUCGGAUCCAGAGUGCAGUCAGACUACGGUGCUUGAUUUGGACACGCAGACCGUGACAGCAGUGAACAGCAGUGUGGACCAUGUGGACUGCACAGCCGCGCAACCAUCUUUGCGUAAUAGCGUUUGGCGAAAGCGAAAACCCGACGAAGAUGACUUGAAUUCCAGUGACGGUAAAAAGGAAAGAUUGUGUUAUCACGAACAAUCAGAAGCGAACGAUGUUCACAAUCUCGUUUCCAUUCUGGGUUUCGGUUUAACGGAAUUCAUGAGCACCCAGACGGUUGUAGAAGACAACCUGCGCAAGAAAAACAACACAAGACUCGUCAAGUCGACAGCAUCCUGUACUGAACCAUGGACACGAGCGAUUGAAGCAUUUUGAAUACUGUAAUUUGACUGUUGUGAUUAUUAAUAACAAAGACAUUCUUGUGUUGAACUAUGGGUUUUGCCGUUUUGAGUGAGUGCGUAAAAGAAGUGUGUGUGUGAGAGAGAGUCAACAGUUGAAACACGUGGUGUCCCAGAGGAAGAUUUUUAAUUAAUUUAUUUAUUAUCAGGUAGUUGCAUUGGUAUGUGACUGUGAUUGUAA